AUGGAGCCGCUCUUCCUCUGGAACACGUCCGCGACCAAGAAGUCGGACUUGAACCCGACCGACUCGACCAUGGCGCGCAAGUUCAAGCGCGCUUGCGACGAGAUCUCGACCGCGUACCUCAACGGACGCGUCACGCUCCAAGAGAUAUUGAACGAGACCAUGAGCGAGGCGCUGCUGGUCUACAUCUCGGAGCACAUGCCAGCGGCCAUGCGCAGCGCGCUGCGCGCGCCCGAGACCAUGCAGGACACGCUGCGGCUCGCGCUGGGCAUCACGACCGACCGCGCCAAGCCGAUUUCCGUCGAGACGCAGCACUUGGCGUCCGGGCUCUUCCUCCUCGUGCACACCAAAGGCAGCGUCGUGCAAUGCAACACGUCGUUCCAGCCGGGGCACGCGACGCGGUGCGCGAACCUCUGGCACUCCACGUACGAGGCCAUCAUCGACUGCGCGAUGACGCAGACCAAGUUCUUUGUCGAGGGCGACGACGGCUUUGCCCGCCUCGCCGCGUCGUACGCGACGAUGAUCAAGCACGCGGUCAUGGACUGGCACAAGGGCACGUGCGUCUUGGCGCACCUCGGGCAGCACCCCGACCACGUCGACUUUCUCAUCGAGCACAUGUACAACGACAACAUCAUGCUCUCGAUGAUCCGGCUCAUCUACUGCGACCACGCGAUGGCGAGCAUGCAGUCGGUCAAGAACAUGCGGCUCAUGCGCAAACUGCUCGCCAAGCUGCUCUCGCCCGAGCCCGGACUCGGCAACCUCAAGCCGAAUCUCUCGAUCGCGCUGCGGUCGCUCAUCCGCGCGCCGUAUGUCACGGGUCGCGGCGACCUCAUCUUUGCCAAGUCGAUCCCGAUCGACAAGCUCACGGGCCAGCCCGACUAUGUCCUGCUCUGCGGCACGUCGCGUGACCUCGACAACAGCCCGAUGCGUCAGUUUACGUCGCGGAAAAUUCGGCAUCUGGUGCACGUCUUGAUUGAAACAACACGCUGCUGCCACGAGUGGUCCUCGGACGCGUGCUCGUCGUUUGCGUGCUCGUCGCUUCUGGCGUCGCUGCUCGAUCUGGUCACGACGGUCGAGUUUUCCGAACGCACGGGGAAAGGCCACAUUGGCAUCGAGUGCAAUUACUUUCCGUGCCAGACGCACCAGAUUCUGAAUGUGAACCUCAUGUACGGCGACGAGCCGGUCUCGUUCCUCCUCAACUGUAUGAUGGGCGUCAUGGUGACGCCGGCCAACAACCAAGGACCGAUCUCAAUCGGCAUGGACCAGCUCACGUCCGUCACCAAGACACCCGAUGGCUUUACGAUCCGCAUGAAGCCGUCGAGUCGAGAACCCAUGCACUUUACGACCCCCAACGCGGCCAUCCAGGCGCAGUGCGUCGAGGGGCUCAACAAUGCGCUCGAAGGCAACCUCGUCGAGCUCGACAUCUUUUGCAGCGAAGACUGGAAGUCCAACGUGGCCGAGUACCAGCAACUGCGCCUCGCCAUGGUGCAAUCCCUCGACGUUUUGUCGCGUGUCGAGGCUGCGCUGCCUGCGACCGUGCGCAACACGAUGAUGACGUGGACCGAGCACCAGCCGGGUUUGUCGUGGAAGCUCACGCACAUUUGUGAUGUGAUCCAGGCCAUGGUCGGCAUGGAGUCCAAGCGACUCGAUGCCCUUCUCGUGUCGUCCGGUGCGCUCCACGCGCUCUUGCAGUGGUAUACGUUCAACCACUCGAACGCCGUGUGCUCGCACAUUACGCAAAUGCUUCUCUUUUACAUCAGCGACCCCAACGGAAAGCGGUCGCGGACGUGCCCCGUCAUUGGGCUUCUCAUGAAGGAGCUACCGCCGCUCAUUCUGCAAGCCGUCACGCAGCACCCGAACGAGUCGCGCGAGAUGGUGCCGUACGUGCAGAGCCUCUACGACGCAAUCGAAGCCUGCAUCCAGAGCCCGCACUCGAACUCGCACUUGCGCGUCGCGCAGCUGGCCGAUGGCGACCCGACGUGGCACGCGCUCUACGGGCACUUUCACGAUCGGUGUCUCGAGCGGUCGGCGAGUGGCCGCUUCAAGUUUGAAGCGAUGAUCUCGGAGGCGCACAUGCCGCUGCAGCCUGCGUUCCACAAGGACAUUUUGGACCUCCUCGCGCAGCCGACGUUUGCGUCCUAUGAUAUUGGCUCGGCGUUCCUUGUCGGCAACGGCUGCGUCUUUGGGUAUGUGUACAAGCAAGACCCGUCGCCGCCCGAGCCCGUCCACAUCUCGGUGCCGUGGCGCCGGACGCUCGUUGUAUUCGAGCAGAGCUCGUUCAAGCUCUGGUGCUUUGUGCCAUCGCAACACAAGCCCAACGAACCAAUCAACUGGCAGUGGAUUGUUCCGACGGCGGUUCAGACCCACUACUGCCAAGGGGAGGACGAGCACCACACGAGCAUUGGCCACCACGGCUUUGACGUGAUCUCAGACCUCCAGCACAACGGCACCGUCUGGCGUCUCUGCACGACUGCGCUCCACGAACGCGACGAGUGGCUCAAGGUGUUUCAGUCGGCGACUGCGACCAUUUCUGCGCUGGCCUCGCAUUAUGCGGCUGCGUCGCCCACGAAGCCAAAGAAGAAGGUGACCAACUGCAUCAUGUGCAAAGCGGCGUUCCACGUCUUCAAGCGGCCGUACGCGUGCCACCGGUGCGGCCUCGGUAUCUGCGGCAAGUGCUCCAAGUUUUUCAAACCGAUUCCUGAAAUGGGUGUGUACACGCCGGUGCGCCACUGCCAAAAGUGCUUUGAGGCGUCGGGCGGCGCCAUGUCCGAGAGCUGCCCCGUCCAGCUCAUGAGCGGCCUCCCGAUGAUCCACGAAGACCACGGGCACGUCAACGACGUCGAUCGCAUCGGCGGCUUUCUCGAGCCGAAAGCUGUGAAACCCCAGCGCGGACUCCAGAAACCAAAGAUGAUUGUAAUUCCGGACGACGGCGACGUGGCGGAAAUGAGCUUUCCGACGACGCCGAUGCAGGUCGAAGACGUGCUGUUGCCGAUCGAGAUGGAAAAAGAAGCGUCGCCGAGAGAGAGCGAGGUCAACACAGCGCCCAAGUAG